AUGAAAUUACCUAGCAUUAAUAAACCUACCUCAGCACAAUCAGCAAAUCGACAAUUACCACCAAGGUAGAGUAAUAAUGCAAUAAGCAAUUUAGAAAAGAAUCUAUUUAAUAAACUUAAUGAAUAUGAUGAUUUAAACAAGAUUGAUACUAAGAAGAAUUAGGUUGUUGAGGUUAAACCUAAUAAGAAAAUAGAGAAUUCUUAUGAUGAGAUGGACUCAUUUGCAAGGAAACAAAAUGCUCUGAAAAAUUACAGUCAGACAGAGAAGAUCAAAGAUUUGAAAUCAUCUCAAUAGAAACAACCCUAAUAAUAAGACACUGUGUUUCUCACUCAUAAUUAGUAAGUAAAAUCGGAGGAGUCGAACAAUGAUUAGGAGGAUAGCAAUAGUGACAGCAGUGUUGAGGACUUGUUGCAGAGGAGUAGAGCAUUGGAUAAGCAGAAGAAGGUGAUGCUAAAUUACGAGGAUGAUAGCGAGGUUGGUUAGUUGAAUAGGAUGCUAUUUUAGACUGACAUUGAUUUGGAUGAGUAGUUUUAGAGCAUGUGCAAUUUGAAAAGAACUAUCUCGCAGAUGCAAGACUCGAUGAAGUCUUUGGGGUAUGGGAUUAAUGAGAAGUUGAUGGAUGAAUUGAAUUAAUAGUAUGAGGAGAUGAUUAAGCUGCAAAGGGAAUCCUAAGCAAUCGAAGAGUAUUAAAUGAAAGAGAGCAACUCAAAAAAUAAAAUGCCUGCUUUACGUUCUCAUAGUGUUAAUUAAACAAAAAAAUAGAAAAAAUGACAGAGAUUUAAAUAUGAUCAUAUAUGAUAUCACUAUUACAUUUUAUUUAUUAAUAAAAA